AUGCGAAUGGACAACAUAUGCUGUGGAGCACAUGGAUUUUCCACUCUAAUCACUGCAACAAAGGGCCCGAAGAAACAUACUCUUCUCUUCGAUGCCGGACCCGAGGAUGAUGUCUGGGAGCGGAAUGCGACCAGGUUAGGACUUGACUUGGCAUCAGUCGAGUAUAUCCAGCUAUCACACUGGCAUCGUGAUCAUACAGGUGGCCUUCUCCGCGCCAUACAGAUGAUAAACGCGGCGAAGAACCAGGCAGAAGUCGUGGUGGACGUUCAUCCGGAUCGACCAGAUUACCGUGGAAUUAUGACUCCGACUCAGGUGCCUAUAGCAUUAGAAGCCGACCCAACAUUCAAGGAUAUUGAGGCUGUUGGUGGUCUUUUACUCAAAGCCGACCAGGUUCAUACAAUAUUGGAAGAUACCUUUCUUGUGUCUGGUGCCAUUCCACGAACAUCGGACUACGAGCUAGGUAUUCCAGGUGGUAUUCGACUCAACACUAGCAGUGGCAAAUGGGAGGCCGAUGAGAUGAUACUUGAUGAAAGACUUCUCAUGUGUAAUAUCAAAGGAAAGGGACUUGUGGUGUUCACAGGCUGUAGCCACCCAGGCGUGGUCAACACAGCAAGACAUGCACAGGAAAUCGGGGGCCAUGCCCCUCUUUAUGCAAUUGUUGGUGGAUAUCACCUUGCAGAUGCAGACCCGGAGAAAUUGAGAAAGUCCAUGGAUGACCUGAAAGCAUUGAACCCACAAGUUCUCAUGCCUGGGAAGGUCGGUCAGAUGCAUCGCGUGCAGGUCAGCGUUGCCUUGUCCUCGGUUUCAUUGGGAGGCAUCCAGCUAUAUGACAUCACUGAGUUCAAGCAUUGUAGACUACACAAUGGCCGUCGCUACCAUGCUUUUCGCGCAGGGGCGUACUUGAUGCCAAACGAUCAGGACGAGCAAGACCGAAUGGACCUGCUGCAUCAUGUUUACCGUCUCCUCCUUGGUGGCAAGUUGCACUUGGCCCCAAUUGGUGAAACUCCACAGCGUGUUCUUGAUUUGGGUACUGGAACAGGAAUAUGGGCAAUGGAUUUUGCAGAGACCCCUCCAAAUUGCAUAUUUGAGGUUGAUGACUUUGAAGAAGAGUGGGUGUACCGCAAACCUUUUGAUUUCAUACACGGCCGCGAGCUAGAGGGCUGCAUUGCCAAGGACGACAAGCUAUUCCAGAGGGCGUUCGAGCAUCUUAACCCCGGUGGGUAUAUCGAAAUGCAAGCUACGUCUACCAUUUUUGCGUCCGAUGACGGCACUCUUGAGAGGGCGAAAGAGGUCAAGUUUUGGCUUGACACUCUUUUGGAAGGCACAUCGAGGUUUGGCAAACCGCUGGAUAUCGCACCGCGCUGGAAAGGAAAGUUGGAGGCUGCUGGUUUCGUGGAUGUGCAAGAGAAGAUCCUCAAGGUUGGUCUCAAUAUUACUUAG